ACUGGGGCCGGGCAUCUAAAGCGCAGAUAGAGGCAAAACAAUGUCACAAAAAAGGACAUAUCCUUCAGGUGCAGAAAAAAGGAAGAAGAAGAAAGUGGAAGAGGAGAAAAAAUGCCAUGAUAAAGGAGCAUUGUUAAAAUACUUUGGAGGCACAGAAUCAGCCCAGAGCCAGUCCACAUCCUCAGGCUCAACUGUGAGUGAUGAAUCAGGUCCAUCUCCAUCCUCUACAGUGCUCUCUCACACACCUCCAUCAUCUGUGCCCACUGUCCCCUCCAUGUCUGAAACCACAGCUGAUUUAUCUACAUCUUCCACCACAACGUCCCCUUCACACCAUGGACCAUCAUCAGCUCCGCCAGUUGACUCAGCUGAGUGGCCUUCUUUCCUCUCAGAUUCAGACAGGACUGAGCAGAAAAUCCAAACUUUCCAGCAACAUUGUGCCUCAAGGGGUGUUUUUGGAGCACAAGGGGGAAGACGACAUCCCAACUGUGAUGACACUCUGGCAGCCCGUUAGCAUCCAUAAAUCACACACUUAUAUCAGGUUUACACACACUUUGAUAUUUGACCGUGUGGGUUGGAGAAUCCUCAUGUCCAGGUUGGUGGCAUUCCAAUUCCUGUGUAAGAACAUCUCCUCCCCUGGAAGAGGCAGCUCUGCCUCAGCCUUGGUUAUUUUCUCCAGUGGGUCAGGUGACGAGGCCAGCUGGUUAUUUCUCU